AACCCCAAUCCGGCUUUCAACUUCCUCAAUAACGGUCCUCCUCCUCUCUCUCUCUCUCUCUCUCUCCACAACAGUUGAACAUUUUAGACAGAAAACGACAGAUAGGAGCAUUGGAAGUUCUAAGAAAUGGGUAUUUUUCUCUCUGCGCAACAGUCAGCCAGAAAAUAAGACAGAUAGGAUCAUUGGAAGUUCUUAGAAAUGGGUAUGCAGCUCUUUGCAAAUCAUCAACAAAAUCAACUUCUGAUACCUCCAAAAUUGCAUAAAUUAUCUCACACUGAUAAGGAUUUGGUGCUAUAUCCAUUCCAUCGGAGUAAUGGAACCAAGAACCAACAUAAGCAAGGAAAAGCUUUUGGUUUGAGUCAUGCUGAUAGAAGAAUUGAAGCAUCAUCAAGCAACAACAUAGCUGCACCAUUGUGGGAUGAUUGGCAACCAGAGAAGGGUUCUAAAUCUCCUUCCCUCAGCGACGUCCUUUGGCCAUCCGCAGGGGCAUUUGCAGCAAUGGCUGUACUUGGAAAGAUGGACCAAAUGUUGGCGCCAAAAGGACUUUCAAUGACAAUUGCACCCUUGGGAGCUGUUUGUGCUGUCCUCUUUGGCACUCCCUCCUCCCCUGCUGCUCGGAAAUACAAUAUGUUUAUGGCUCAAAUAGGUUGUGCGGCAAUUGGUGUUUUAUCAUUCUCUGUAUUGGGGCCGGGUUGGCUAGCUAGGAGCACUGGCCUUGCUGCAGCCAUUGCUUUCAUGAUUUGCACACGUUCGAUACAUCCACCAGCUGCAAGUUUGCCAUUACUGUUUGUCGAUGGAGCUAAGCUGCAUCACUUGAAUUUAUGGUAUACUUUGUUCCCUGGGGCUACUGCUUGCAUUCUGCUGUGUGUAAUUCAAGAGAUGGUGUUAUACUUGAAGAGCAAGUUCAAAUUUUGAUACGGGACCAAUGCUUUUUUCUCAAAAUGCGAAGAGUUAUUCAGACUUUACUGUACUCUAAGCAAGCAGCUACUGAGGUACGAUGGAGACUACCAAUGUAGAUACAGAUUGCGCACGCUGCUGGACAUGUCUGGUAUUGUCAAAUCUUACAUAUCCACCUUCAAGCCCCAUGGAUUCAUGUAGUGUUGUGGAAAGAUUAAAGCAUUGAUGCUUUUUAAGUGCAGAGAGAUAAAAGAUCAUGGGAGAGUGAUUGAUAGUCAUGAGAAGAUGCACUAGUUUUGUUAUUUAUCCCUCCUCACCCUUGGGUUUAAAAUAUCCAGAUUAGAAGAGUUAAGUGGACUUUUUAAAUCGGGUCGAAUAUUUCAAUGACUACUUUGAUGGCAUUGUCUUUUUGCCGACCAGAUUAGAGAAAUGUGGGGCCCCAGAUUAUUUUUAGCCAGUUCAACCCAAUAAUCUCCCUUUCUCUAGGUUGCAAGAAAGUUGUGAG